AUGGUCGUGGUUGACAUAUUGGUGGUGGUGGUCGGUGGAGCUGCCAAGAUAGCGGCGGCGUGGUUAAUAUUGUCGAGCGAGGCUGUUGCGGUAUUGUUAAGAGGAACGACAACAGAAUCCCCACGUUUUGAGCUACGUGAAAGGAAGGACGAGCGUCGCCAUCGCGACGUCGUUGCAAGGACAAGGGAAGUUGCCGCCAUUACAGCUUCGAGUUAUCACGCAAAAGGAGAGAGCAGCUAUUACUACUCAGAUAGAGGACAUCAUUGCGAUCUACAAGAGGAACGAUCAAGUUCGUUAUCUUUAUCUAGACGAGAGCUUCUAUUGGAAGCAUAUCUGCAGAACAGAGAUCACGAGUAAGAGAGAAAGAAAGAAGUCAGUAUCGCUGACACGCAUUAUCUUUGAAGAUAACUAAGCUGAGUAUAAUUACUUCUCGUUAAUUUCUUGUGGUUGUAAUCCGUGUGUAGAAUCAUUUAUUCUUGUUGUAAUAUAACUUAAGCUUCCAUUAUCGAGAUACA